AUGGCAGUGCCCUGGGAGGAAUAUUUCCGACUGGCCUUGCAAGAGAAACUGCCGACGAAGAUCCCCGAGCAGAAUGCAGACCAAUUCCCGCCGGUGCUGCAUCUCCUGGAGAAGAGGCAGGAGCUGGCGGAUGCGGACCAGGACCUGCGGGCCCAGAAGGAGGUGUUCCAGACCACGAUGGCAGCCCUGAAACAGCGCUGGGAACAGCUGGAACAGAAGGAGCGCGAGCUGAAAGGGUCCUUUGUCCGCUUUGACAAGUUUUUGCAGGACUCCGAGGCCCGGCGCAGCCGCGCGCUGCGGAGGGCGGCAGAGGAGCGGCACCGCGCGGGCCGCCAGGAGGCCGAGGCGCUGCGGCUGCGGAUCCAGCUGCAAGAGCUGCAGCGGGAGCGCGCGCGGCUGCAGCGCCGGCGGGAGCGCCUGGAGCCCUGCGCGCGCCUGCUGGGGCACGUGCUGGAGCAGCUGCCCGAGUUCCAGGAGGUCCCCGAGCUGGUGGCGCGCUUCAGCGGCCUGGCCGACAUGCGGGAGGCGCUGAGGCUCACGGCGCGCCGGCGGCUCGCCGAGCUGGAGGAGGCGCGCGCGCGGCUGCAGCGGCUGCGGGACGCCCGGCAGGACGAGCUGCUCCGGCAGGGCCAGCGCCGAGCGCAGCUGCUGGAGCGCCUGGAGGCGGCGCGGGAGCGCACACUGCACUGGGAAUCCAAGUGGGUUCAGAUCCAGAACACGGCCGCGGAGAAGACCCUGCUCCUGGGACGCAUUCGGAUGUCAGCGCUCAACCUGUUCCAGCUGGUGUGCCAGCAUCAGAGGCAGCCACCCGCCCUGGACGUCGAGGACACGGAGGGGCAGCUGGAGCAGGUGAAGCUGUUCAUCCUGGACCUCUCCUCCAUGCUGGCCAGCCUGCGUCAGACGGAGCCUGUGGCCUCCUAG